AUGAGAGUCGCUAGUCUUUUUUCGUCGGCUUCGUGGAUUGUUCCACGGUUCAAGGAUGAAAAACUCCGAACUAUUCAAAUCUCGCCAAAGGAAGUAUUGGAAGUUACGGACCAUGAAAAGCUUCUGCUCAAGCGUCAAGGUCUGAACUACUUCGACAUCACCACUUUCCCGUCGCUUUACAGAUCAAACUCAGAGAGCCCAAAAGUUGUGGAAUAUACUUACCCUUUAGAAUUGACCAACGAGAAAAGAGUUACUGAAAUUUCAGAAGGGUGUGACACCAAAUCAAUGUAUGAAGACUUGGCCUUAUUCACCAACUUCUACACUCGGUAUUACAAAUCAGAUUAUGGAUUUGAGUCAGCAACAUGGCUCUCCGACAAACUCCGAAACGUAACAGAAUCGGUGGGCGAUAGAGCUGCUCAAUUUCAUGUUGAUCAUCACGAUUGGAAACAAUUCUCGAUAAUAGUUCAAAUCAAGGGUACUGAAACUCCAGAGAAUUUGAUUGUGUUCGGCUCCCAUCAAGAUUCCAUGAAUUUGAUUUUCCCAUCAAUCCUACCAGCGCCGGGCGCUGAUGACAAUGGCUCUGGAACAGUCACCAACAUCGAAGCUCUUAGAAUCUACACAAGUUAUUUGAACAAAACUCAAGAUUGGCCCAAAAAUACGGUGGAGUUUCAUUUCUAUUCAGCGGAAGAGGGUGGGCUCCUGGGGUCCCUCGACAUUUUCACUCAUUAUGCGCAGCAGAACCGAACUGUGGUUGCUAUGCUACAACAAGAUAUGACUGGAUAUGUAGAGGACCCCAAAAACGAGCAUCUAGGGAUCAUCACCGAUCAUACAAGUCCGUCUUUGACAAACUUUCUCGAGCGAGUAAUCAACAAAUAUCUGAAUAUCCCGUUUGUCGAAACUGAAUGCGGUUAUGCGUGCAGCGAUCAUAGCAGUGCAACUAGAAAUGGAUUCCCCGCCGCCUUGGUGAUCGAGAGCGACUUUUCAAAAAAGAACAAGUACAUCCAUACAACAAUGGAUACGCUGGAUCGAUUAAGCUUUGAGCAUAUGGCAGAGCAUGUAAAGCUAAUUAUUGGCACGAUAGCAGAGCUUGGAAACUGGGAGUUUGAAGUGUCGAGCAACGAGUAG